AAAAUCGGAUCAGCUACUUUUGCCUGCACAGAAUGCAUAACCGAAAGCGACCCGUAAAAUCACGUUCAAGUAAUCUAGCUAAUUAUCUAGCUACCUCAUUUGCGUUAGGUCAUAUUGCCAACAUAUUUAGUUAUGUUGGGAAAUAAUGGCAUCUAAUCUGUCACAUUGGUUUUUAACAACACGAAAAGUUGCUUUCUUCAACCUCUUUCUUGGUAACACCGCUCUCGCUUCACCAGAACCUGACUCUGGAGCUGUCAUGAUGUCCAUGUGUUCCUCAGCUGGACCAGAAGCAGAGGCCCUGCCAACGAGGAGGACCAUAAAGUAGAGUUGAGCAGGCAACUGGGAGAGAAGCUUGGACUCAAAGAUGGAGAGCAGGGCUUCUUGCGGCCAUGCCAGCAGGUCCUGUCUGUACAGCAGGUGUUUGUGGACCCACUCACCUCUGACGACUUGGAGAUCCUGGAGCUCCACAGUGCAGCAGCUCCUGGAGCAGAAUAGAGUGGUGUUUCCUGAUGCAGUGUUUCCUGUGUGGGUGGACCAGAGAACACUCAUCUACAUCCGAAUCGGGCAGUCUCCUUGUGGAGUGCAACGAGAGAGAGGCAGGUCGUUAUUGCGUUGGACUAGUUGACUGUAAGGUUGCAAGAUUGGAUCCCCUGAGCUGACAAGAUUCCACUAUCCCUGGGAACUAGGCUCCAUUUCGACCCACACUCAUCAGUGAGAAUCAAGCCAAUCAAAUCAACUCCUAAAGUAGUCACCAGUAUCUACCUGCAGCCUUUACAACCACAGCCUGCGGCAGAGAGGGAGGUGGAGAUUCAGACUGCCUUCCUGGGUUGGCUGCACACCCAGAGCCACGAACCACUAGCCUGUCUGACGGGCCGCUGCAACACAAUCCUCCUACAGUACCUGCAAUGGAAGGGAAGGUGGAGUUUGCUCUGACUGUGUUGAAGUCAGAACCUGAGCCGGAGAGUGAAGAGCCUGAUCAGUUAUUUCUAUUAGCUCUUAGUGAUACAGACAUGCAGGUACUAGUGACAAGCUUUGCUAUCUCAUCAGACUUAAUAUAUUCAAAUCAACACAUUAAAUGCUGAUUACUGUGUGAGGAACAUUUUAUGUUUGUGUGUCAAAUCAAUGAUACUUUUCAAAUAACCAAUUAGAUGGGUUCAUGCAGGUGACUUACUGAUUGUGUAUGGAGGAAUCCUCACUAUUACUGAUAAGCAACCUGGCAGUAUGCCCAGAAUGUUGCUAUGGGAACAACCAAGGUAUGUCAGUUUCAAGGUCUCAACUUGGAGAGAGAAGGCCUUGUGAGGUAUUGGUCAGUCACAUGUGCGAGCCACCGGUAAUGAUGAAUUAAUUAUGCUAAACCAUGCAAAUAUAACUUCUCUGUAUAGCCGUAUAUAAGACAACUGCUGGGACUGCCCCAGCGGAGCUUCUGAUGUAACCUCUCCAGCUUGCUGAUAAUAAAGCUUGUGAUUCAUUUAAGUUUAACUUCAGGUGUCCCUGAUGUUGAAUUUCCACCACAAUCUUUGCAUCAUUGACAAUUGUCUGUAGGCAUUUUUAUAUGAGAAGUGUCUACGUGGUCUGAGAACCACUGAUAAUAGUAUAUUAUGUUAUUUUAGGCAUUUAUGAGAAGUGGCCGGGGAACCACUAGGAAUAGCAGAAGGUGGACAAGGAGCUAUUCUAUAUGUAUGGGAAGUGGCAAGACAAUAGAGUCUAUAGAGACCAUAGCAGUUAUGACUAUAUAAACUAUUGAUACUAUGUAUGCUGAGGGACUCUAUAUGCUUUAGGGAUCAUAGAUGCUGUAGCUAUAGGGACUAUGGAUGCUCAGGGACUAUGGAGACGAUAGAGCAGGGGUGGGCAAUUCCAGUUCUUGAGGGCCUGAUUGGAGUCACAGUUUUGUCACAGCCCCAACUAACACACCUGACUCCAAUAAGCAGGCAACUGGGAGAGAAGCUUGGACUCAAAGAUGGAGAGCAGGGCUUCUUGCGGCCAUGCCAGCAGGUCCUGUCUGUACAGCAGGUGUUUGUGGACCCACUCACCUCUGACGACUUGGAGAUCCUGGAGCUCCACAGUGCAGCAGCUCCUGGAGCAGAAUAGAGUGGUGUUUCCUGAUGCAGUGUUUCCUGUGUGGGUGGACCAGAGAACACUCAUCUACAUCCGAAUCGGGUCCUCUCUGGAGAGCAUUCAGAAGACUGGACUUCCUGUAGAACAAUGUCCCAACGCUGCUGGCCUCCAGUGCCCCCAGCAGUGGGGCGGGAUAGCAAUCCUAAAGAACAUGGUCAGGCUCCAUUUCGACCCACACUCAUCAGUGAGAAUCAAGCCAAUCAAAUCAACUCCUAAAGUAGUCACCAGUAUCUACCUGCAGCCUUUACAACCACAGCCUGCGGCAGAGAGGGAGGUGGAGAUUCAGACUGCCUUCCUGGGUUGGCUGCACACCCAGAGCCACGAACCACUAGCCUGUCUGACGGGCCGCUGCAACACAAUCCUCCUACAGUACCUGCAAUGGAAGGGAAGGUGGAGUUUGCUCUGACUGUGUUGAAGUCAGAACCUGAGCCGGAGAGUGAAGAGCCUGAUCAGUUAUUUCUAUUAGCUCUUAGUGAUACAGACAUGCAGGUACUAGUGACAAGCUUUGCUAUCUCAUCAGACUUAAUAUAUUCAAAUCAACACAUUAAAUGCUGAUUACUGUGUGAGGAACAUUUUAUGUUUGUGUGUCAAAUCAAUGAUACUUUUCAAAUAACCAAUUAGAUGGGUUCAUGCAGGUGACUUACUGAUUGUGUAUGGAGGAAUCCUCACUAUUACUGAUAAGCAACCUGGCAGUAUGCCCAGAAUGUUGCUAUGGGAACAACCAAGGUAUGUCAGUUUCAAGGUCUCAACUUGGAGAGAGAAGGCCUUGUGAGGUAUUGGUCAGUCACAUGUGCGAGCCACCGGUAAUGAUGAAUUAAUUAUGCUAAACCAUGCAAAUAUAACUUCUCUGUAUAGCCGUAUAUAAGACAACUGCUGGGACUGCCCCAGCGGAGCUUCUGAUGUAACCUCUCCAGCUUGCUGAUAAUAAAGCUUGUGAUUCAUUUAAGUUUAA